GGGUGUGGCGGGGAGCGGGAGUCAUACUCCUCCUGCACAUGAGUGCAAGUCUAGUGGAACAGCAGCCAGAAUUGAAUUUCUUACCCACUUAAUGAUAUUAUAUUCCUGCUCUCAGAUCAUAAUGAUUCAAACAAAAUGUUGCAGUGAACUAAUGUACUUGCCAGUUUACGUAAGAGUGACUGAGUUGGGGGUCGAAAGACAGCAGCCAGCUGGAGCGUCUCCCUGCCCUUCCAUCCAUCUAUCCAUCACCCAACUCAAUUAAUCAACCAAGAAAACCAAGAAUCAAGACCGAAAUGCCCACCAAAAAAGUCCUCAUCGUCCUCAGCGACGCGCACUCCUUCCCCCUGAAGAAGAUCUCCGGCCCGGAAGCGGGCAAAGUCGUCGACCAGCCAUCCGGCUUCUUCCUCAUGGAACUCGCCAAACCCCUCCAAAAGCUCCUCGAUGCCGGGCACGAGGUGACCUUCGCGUCGCCCAAGGGUGAGGAGCCUGCCCCGGACCCGAACAGCGAAUCCCUACUGGCCUUCGCGGGCAACUUCUACGAGCGGCGGCGCGAAAACGCCCUCAUCGAGCGCAUGAAGCGCGAAAACGGAUUCAGCCACCCCCGUCCUCUGGCGUCCAUCAGCGACGAGGAGUUGGCCAGCUUUGCCGGCGUGUUCAUCCCCGGCGGCCACGCGCCGCUGGCGGAUUUGGGUGAUAACCCGGAUCUGGGCCGGAUUUUGCGCUACUUCCAUAAGGAGAAUAAGCCGACGGCGGCGAUUUGUCAUGGUCCUUAUGCGUUGCUGAGCACUAAAUAUGCGGGGGAUGGGGACUUUGUGUAUAAGGGGUACCAUAUUACUUCGUGGAGUGAUGCUGAGGAGAAGGCAAUGGAAACGUUGCUUGGGGGGGAGGUCGAAAAGGUCGAGUCCAGGUUGAAGGAGGAAGGGGCAAUUAUGGAAACCGGGUUGUCGGAGAAGGUUGGCUAUACGACUCUGCAUCGCGAGCUGGUGACGGGGGGCAAUCCGAUGGCGGCGGAUGAGUUGGGGAACAGGUUUUUGAACAUGAUCAGUGUUUGAGAUGGUUUCUAUUAAUGAUAUGCUAAUGAGAAUAUGACUUGUUCUUUUUUUUGAGACCUCACUUGCUCGCAAUGUGGUAGUAUCUGAGAUUACCGGGCACUGUAGUAUUGACAAGCGAAGACGCCCGAUAAAUGGUCGCUAAUGCAAAUCUGAUUCAUCGGUCU